CCGUGAUUAUGAACAUUAUUUAUUUGAUAACAAAGCAUCUCGAGGCUAAGUUUGAAUUCUGGAAGUUCGGUUAUCGUUUUAUCUUUUCUAAAAAGUCAACGGCUUUGAGCUCACAUAGAUCCAUAAUCACACAGUGGAAGAAAUAACGGGUAAUAACGGUGAUAGAUGUGGGCCCGACAAAGACGAUCAGAAUAGAAAAGUAGAGCUGAUCGGAUCCAAGCCUAGCAACGGCAGUUUGUUCAAUUCAAACCGUCACUUCUCUUUAGAAGAUGAUCAUCCCAGAAAUGCAGAAAUAACGUUACUGGAGACGAGCGGGAAAACCUGGGAAGACCCUCCGUUCACGGCAGAUGGGUCUGUAUACUGGAAAGCAAACGGAAUCCAGAUAGACCCUGGAGAAGGAAAGGUUAACGUUGUUCAGGAUCCUCAUGUUACUGUUUUAACGGAAUCAUCAGAUAAUUCAGCUAGGUUUGAGAUACCGAAACCGGGUGGCUAUUUACAAAGGCCUAAGAGCUUCAUUCCCGCUGCCUUACCAACGGCCAGCGUCAAAGGAAUACAGCCUUUACCUGAAGUGAAAUUUAAAAGCUCUCAGAUGCUGCCGUAUAAGGAUGCCAUCGCUGCCCAACCAACAGCCCACACUCUAAACGCAACGACCAGACUCCCAAACAACCGGUUUAUGUUGACAGCGAGCAGUGAGCCUAUUAACCCAUCCUAUUUGAAACUAUUUGAACCCAAAGUAAGCGUGAACACAGCCGGACUGAAUUUCACAAUCCCCCCUUCCGAAGCAGGGAAUUUAGAAAUUACCCACAGCAAGAACAGUAGUGGCAACAUCAAGAGGCCGAUGAACGCUUUCAUGGUAUGGUCAAGAAUCCACCGAGGAGCGCUGUCCAGGGUCAACCCGAAGGCCACCAACGCGGAUAUCAGCGUGCAACUGGGGGUGGAGUGGAGCAAGCUGUCGGAGGAGCAGAAGACGCCUUACUACGAGGAAGCGUACAAGCUUAAACACAAGCACAGCCAGGAGUUCCCCGACUGGGUUUAUCAGCCGAAACCUGCGAAGAGGAAGUGUUACAGCUCUGGGGUAAUGGCUUCCACAGGACCCAGCUCCUCCCAGAGCCCCCUCACGCCCGUAACGUGGGCUAACAGGCCUUACUCUAUGGUCGCCCCCACCUCUAUCAACCAGAGGUACUCAACGACACACAUGGUGACGACAGGACACGGUGGGCAUGCCAUACUCCCGGGCAUGAAUCCCACUCUCCCCCAGACCGCCAGUCCACCCGUCAUCUACCUUCAGAGCAACCCCCUCCAUACCCUCCAAUCAUGGGCCAAGCUGCCGGAGCGGAGCGAGGCUGGUACCAGCAGGCCCCUGCCCCCUUCCCUGGGCAAUCACAUCGAGCCCUCCCUCUCCCUCAUGACCAAGGAGGUAGUGUCCAGUCCCUUCCAGAGGAUAACCGCCGCCCAACCAUACUACAGCCACGCCCCUCAGUUGUCUGUAGACAUGCCCCUUCCCAGCAUGCCCCCCUGCUCCAGUGCCCUGCAGAUGCCCCUCCCAAACCUCUCCCACCUCUGCAUGUACGCUUCGCCCCCACUGCCACACCCCACCAGCCUCUUCCCUUACCACCAGGCUUUCUGCAUGCCCGGGCCCCAGUUCUACCCAACAUGCCCGUGCACUUACCCUUCUAGUGCGUGCAACUACUCCGAGUUAUCUUACCCCGCGGGCGACCCGGUCUACUAUGACGACGGUUGCCAGAAGCACGAGGCCAUGUUCUCUGCCGUAAACCGGGAGUACAUGUUCAGAGAUCGCGGGGAAGGGAGCGGUCAUUCCGGCGGUCAUGGGGUGCCCGGGCCGGAGUUUAUGAAUUCGGACCCUCCACUUGACCCUCACGCACUCGAUGAGGUCUACACAGUCCCAGCCGCAGAGAACGCAUCCCAUGUGCAGACAGUCAACAUCAUCAACGAAGACAACGAAGAGGAGGAGAGAGUGCUUAGAGUUCUGUAGCACUGGUUCUGGUACUGUCGGUAUGUGCGUUGAAAUACCGGCAUGUAACUGGAAACAGUUACAUCAGUUGUCUAUCUGAUGGUAGCCUGUUUAUGUUGACUAAAGUGUGUUAUUUAUUUAUUCAUUGAUUGAGUUAAUGACUGUUUUGUUGGGAGGUAGACUUGUUUUUUCUCUCAGGUUAUUUUGUCUUUGGAGUGUUAUGUGUGACA